GCGGUACUGUUGAUUUGAGAGCCAAGUCGGCAUGGUUCAACUGUAGUCGGAGUCCGAUGGCGGGCAUGACAAUGGCGUUUGAGAAAGGGAUGCAGUUGGCGGAAGAGGGCCAGUUUGCUGAUGCAAUCGCCUGUUUCCGCAAGGCGAUCGCGGAAGGCUUGGAGACUCCUGAAGUCUUCGAGUGCUUGGCUCAAUGCGAGAUGAUGUUGGACACCUUGAGCUCGUCCCAGCGCGCCGUGGUCGCCGCCCAGGAAGCCCUCCAGCGCCUGGGAGCCGAGGAGGCACCUGGGAGGCUGAGCUGGGUCGAUGCUACGCUGACCUUGGCGCGUGCAUUGAGAUGCAAUUUUGACCUCCCUGCUGCGGUCGAUGCGUACCACGCUGCCGUGCGUUUGGGUGCCUCUGCGCCGGCAGAGCUCCAGAGCGCCGAGGAGGAGCUGCUGGAGCACCGGCGGCGCCUCAAGCGUUUGCCCUCCAUGGAGGGAUGGCACCGCCGCUUCCAGCGACAAAUCGACCGUGCCAAGCGACUGCGGAGACCGGAGUGGAGUGCUGAGAAGUGGAGAUCAAACAACCUGGCCGCUAUGGACCUGACCCAGAUCUUCGGCAGAGGCAAGGGAAACAUCACACGGGUGACUGGUAGCGCAGACUUUGGAGCUUUGUACCAGGGCACCUCUACACCUGUUGUUCUUGUUGGGGCUAUGCAUGGCUGGGCGGCCAUGAAGUCGUGGAGCAUGGAGCGCUUCACCGAAGACUUUGGGCAUCAGAAGAUGAUUUGCGAUUGGUGCUUCGGCCUCCGUUUGAGGCUCAACGACUUUGCGGAGUAUGCGGCAACACAAGCAGACGAUGACCCACUGUACUUGUUCGACCAUCUCUUUGGAGAAUAUCCAGCUACAAAGAGCUUGCUGGAUGAGUACCAGGUGCCAAGCGUUUUUGGAGAGGACCUUCUAGCAGGUCUUGGAUCUCUUCGACCACCCUAUCGUUGGCUGCUGGUGGGCCCCCGACGAUCUGGCAGCAAAGUGCAUCAGGAUCCCUUGGGAACCAGUGCCUGGAAUGCAUUGAUCUCUGGCAGAAAGUUAUGGGUGCUUUUCCCUCCCAAAACACCCGCCGAGAAGUUGAGGCCGGAGUCCAACGAGUUGAAGGAGUUGGACUCGGCGGCGGGGUGGUUCCUGGGCUGGUGGCAGAAGGCACGAGAAGAAGAGUGGCCCAAAGAGUUUCAACCCAUCGAGCGCCUUGGUGUCGUUUGGGUGCAUCCAGUGGCUGCUUUUGUGAUUUUUUACUCACACCGACAAGGAUACGAUUGCAGUCACCCAGAAUUUCUGCAGCAAAUGGAACGCAAGCGAGGUUUGGAGGUGCACCACUGCGACGCAUCCGGUGCUCGCGCGCCAGCUGCGGCCACUCCUUGAACCACUGAGCAGAGAUGGUGAACUAGGCAAUCCACGACAAUCUUCUGAGUAUGAUAAAGAGGUGCCUCGGGCCGAUGGCGCAAGUACUGAUGAAGACGCUUCGUCAGAUGAUGAGUAUUUGACUUGGCUUUGGGAGCGCAAGCGCCAAAAUGAUACGUGUGCGCAUGCUGACAUCAGGUCCUAUUUGUUGAAUGUGGCGUGACUAAUUGUUAUUUCUUCAAAUGUUCCUUCCUAUCAAGAGGACCUGUCCUGAUUGCUCUUGCUGAGCCCUUCGAUUUGUUGUCUCUGAUAGAAUGUCCAUCUUCUCAACUUGACAAUUGAGGGGCACUAUGUUUCUUCUUUUAAAGAACAUAUACGGGAGCGUAUUAGUAUCCGACACUGGAAGU